AUGGACGCGGAGAUGGAAAUCCCGAGGCUGCUCCCGGCUCGCGGGUCGCGACAGGGCGGCGGCGCUGGCAGCCCCGGGGGCGGCGGCCGGAUCCACGGAGGUCCUGACCCGCGGGCCGGCCAGGCCCCCGCGCGCCGCCUCCUGCUGCUCCGGGGCCCCCAAGAUGGCGGGCCGGGGCGGCAGCGUGAGGUGGCCCGCGCGGCCUCCCCGGGCCCGGGCCCUAGCCCGUUGGUGCCGACGCCCGAUCACGCUGGCGGCGGCGGCGGCGGCGGCGGCGGCGGCGGCGGCGGCGGCGGCGGCGGCGGCGGCGGCGGCGACGAUGGCGAUGACUUCUUCUUCGUGCUGCUGGACCCGGUGGGUGGAGACGUAGAUUCCACGGGCGCCAGCCAGGCCGCAGGGCCCCUAUGGAGGGAGGAGGCCGGGCUGGGCCCACGGUUCCAUGGGCACGAAAGCGGCGCGAACCCCGAGGGCCGCCCUGCGCUGGGCCCCAGCUCCCUGUCCGCUAUCCGCGCCCCAGUCCCGGCCCUGGCCCCGAUUCCCGCCCCAGUCCUGGGCCCCGCCGCGGCCUUCGCGGGCACCGUCACCAUUCACAAACAAAACCUGCUGUUGCGCUUCGAGAACGGCUUCCUCACCCUGGCCACGCCCCCGCCGCCAGCCUGGGCGCCUGGGGUCGCCCCUGCCCCGCAGCCCGGGGGUCUGAUCGCCCCGCAAGCGGGGAUCCCGCACGCCGCGCAGCCUGGGGACUGUCCCGAGCUGCUGCCCGACCUCCUGCUGGCCGAGCGGGCCGAACCCGCGCCCGCCCCAGCGCCCGAGGAGGAGGCGGAGGGCCCGGUUGCUGCUGAGAGUCCCCGCGGGCCGCUAGGCCCGGGCCAGGGCGUGGUGCUGUACCUGUGUCCUGAGGCGCAGUGCGGACAAACCUUUGCCAAGAAGCACCAACUGAAGGUGCACCUGCUGACGCACAGCAGCAGCCAGGGCCAGCGGCCCUUCAAGUGCCCCCUGGGCGGUUGCGGCUGGACCUUCACCACCUCGUACAAGCUCAAGAGGCAUCUGCAGUCACACGACAAACUGAGGCCGUUUGGCUGCCCGGCAGAGGGCUGUGGCAAGAGCUUCACCACGGUGUAUAACCUCAAAGCACACAUGAAGGGCCAUGAGCAGGAGAACUCAUUCAAAUGCGAGGUGUGUGAGGAGACCUUCCCCACGCAGGCCAAACUCAGCGCCCACCAGCGCAGCCACUUCGAGCCUGAGAGACCCUACCAGUGCGCAUUUUCGGGCUGCAAGAAGACGUUUAUCACAGUGAGUGCCCUGUUUUCCCAUAACCGCGCCCACUUCAGGGAACAGGAACUCUUUUCCUGCUCCUUUCCUGGCUGCAGCAAACAGUACGACAAGGCUUGUAGGUUGAAAAUUCACCUUCGGAGCCACACUGGUGAGAGACCUUUCCUUUGUGACUUUGAGGGCUGUGGCUGGAACUUCACCAGCAUGUCCAAACUCCUUAGGCACAAAAGGAAGCACGACGAUGACCGGAGGUUCAUGUGUCCUGUAGAAGGCUGUGGGAAAUCUUUCACGAGGGCCGAACAUCUGAAAGGCCACAGCAUAACCCACCUGGGCACAAAGCCUUUUGUGUGCCCCGUGGAAGGCUGCUGUGCCAGGUUCUCUGCUCGCAGUAGUCUCUACAUUCACUCCAAAAAACACUUGCAGGAUGUGGACACUGGGAAAAGCCGAUGCCCAGUCUCCACUUGUAAUAAACUCUUCACAUCCAAGCACAGCAUGAAGACCCACAUGGCCAAAAGGCACAACCUGCGCCAGGAUCUCUUAGCUCAGCUAGGAGCUGCAAAUUCUCUUACGCCCAGCAGUGAACUUACCAGCCAAGGGCAGAAUGACCUCGGUGAUGCAGAGCUUGUGUCUCUCUUCUCUGAUGUGCCCAGUAAUAGUUCUGCUGCAGUAUUGGACACCGCAUUGGUGAACUCUGGGAUCUUGACUAUUGAUGUGGCUUCUGUGAACUCAACUCUGGCAGGGAACCUCCCUGUUAAUAAUAAUAAUUCCUUAGGGCAGGCGGUGGACCCUCAGGCCUUGAUGGCCACCAGUGACCUUCCUCAAAGUCUGGAUACCUCACUCUUCUUUGGAACGACAGCCGCUGGUUUUCAGCAGAGUCCCUUAGAUACGGAUGAUGUCUCAAGUCUAAGUGUGGGGCCUUCAGGAUCUCUGAGCUCUUUGACUAUGAAAACCUCGAGUCAAGAGCCCCAAGCUUUGACCCCCAGCAGUAAGCUAACAGUAGACACAGAUGCUCUGACUCCUUCGAGCACCCUUUGUGAAAACAGUGUCUCAGAACUACUGCCGCCAACCAAAACGGAAUGGAAUGUACAUCCUGAUUCUGACUUCUUUGGACAGGAGGAAGAAACCCAGUUUGCAUUCUCCAAUCCAGCAGGAAACCAUGGGUCUCAGAAAGAAACAGAUCUUAUCACAGUGACUGGCAGCUCAUUUUUGGUAUGA